GAUGCAAUGGAUCGGUAUGGCCGCCUAAUGAAAGUAGAUUCUAAAGAAAUACAACGCCAGCUUGGAGUAGCUGGCUUCACAAAUAUUCGUAAAACAGUUAUUAAAGCGUAUUAUAAUAACUGGCCUGAAGAUUCUCAUAACAAAGAGGUAGAUAAUUGGUUUAAUUUUGGAUUCUCUGUUAGUCUUGCAGCUCUAUUAUACACAGCUAUAGUCGAGACGCUAAGGAUAUUUAAGAAAGAAGUAGAGAGUCUUUACAAUAAAGUUAAGAGUAAGAUAUAU